AUGUUACUUGAGGGAAAUCAUAUUAAUAUUCUUUUAUCAUUUGUACGUUCGAUUUCAAAAUCCAAUGAUCCUGAUCAAUUAUUAUCACAUAAUAAACGUUCUUCACUAUUACUUAAUUUAUUAUUAAAACAAAUUCAUGAUCGUACUGAAUCUGAUAAACUUUUAAUUGAUCAACGUUUAGAAAAUAUUAUUAUUGCUUUAGCUUAUUUAGCUGUUGAACUUAAUCAUGGAUGUCAAAUUCGUAAAGAUAUUGUCAAAGUUUUACUUGAUUUUUAUCAGAAAAUACCAAAAGCAAGAUAUUAUGAAAUUGCUUCACAUAAUUAUAAAUAUGCAUUACCUCCAGCAGAAGUAUUUAGUUUUUGUUUACAUACAGCUUUAACAGAACUUGCAUCAACAUCAGAAGAUGUCAAGACAAGAGAUAAUAUUAUGCUUAUUAUUGCGGAUAUUAUUCGAAAGUUGGUUGAAAGAUUACGUAAAGAUGCUUAUAAUCAUGCAAAAGAGAGAUAUCAAUCGAUCUAUCGAUAUGAAGCACCAUUUUUAUUUGGAGCAUUACGAUCAAUUGGAAGAAUAUCUGUAACUGAUCAAAGUCUAAUGUCUCAAUUAUUUUCAAUAAGUUUUAAUUCAUCAACACAAUCGAUUUAUAUUAAACAAAAAGAAUCAAUGAAUAGUUCAUUAACUAAUAUUAAAAAUAGUACAAUUACAUUUCGUCCAAUUAUUUCGAAAGUUUUAUCAAAAAAUGUUCUUUCAUCAACUAAUGAAAAUAUACCACAAUUAUUAUAUUUAAAUGCUAAUAAUGCAACACAUAAUGGUGAUCAACAUGAUUAUUCAUCAACAUUUCGAUCUCUUUCACAUUUUUCAUAUCGACUAAAGUCGAUAGAAUGUAAUGAUUCAUAUGCAUGGAAAGAUGAUCUUCCAAUGAAUUCUUUGUUUUUUUGUGUCUCUGGUUCGACUUAUCGUCAUUAUCAAAUGUCUUCAUCAUCAUCAAAUGUAAUCUCAGGACGUUUUCAUGUUUGUGUUACUGUUCCUGUACUAGAACAUAUACAUGAGACAUUUAAAUUAAUCGAUAAUCGUGUUGUUAAAUUUUUGGAUAAAGCAGCCUUUGUUGAAUAUGAUUCGAUUCAUCGACAAAAUCUCUCUAAUUCCCAUUCAAAACGUAAUUUUCCUUAUGCAUAUUUUGGUGAUGUUCUUAUCUUAUGUAUUAUUAAAUUUUUUCGUGAUAAUCUUGAGUUACUUGGUAAAUCUACUGAAAGACAAAGAAAACAUGAUUUGAAACGAUUUGUCUCAAUUACAAGAGCUACUUAUUUAUUUGUUCAACAAUUAAUAACAAUUAAAUUAUUGGAUUUAGAUAAUGAUGAAUAUGGAAAAGAUCCACAUCGUUAUCGGACACGUGUAGAUGCUAAUGCAGCAGCAUUAGAAUUACUCUGUUUAUCAUGUGAUGAUGAAAGUGAAGCUGAAAAAUUAUGUACAAAAUGUGCAGAAAAAUUCAGUCAAGAAACAAUAAGUAUCAAAUUAUUAGCUGCUCAAAUGCCAUUAUUAAUCACAUCAUUAGAAAUUUUAAGUCGAUUAGCAGACAAAUAUAAAUCAUUAGCAACAUAUGCUAUUCGAGUGUUAUGUGAUUUUUUAACUGAACCUUCACCAUUACUUUAUAAAUUAUAUCGACAUACAAGUCAAAAACUUGAUGAAGAAGAACAAAAUACAUUUGUAAAUGAACAUCCUAAAAGUUCAAAAGAAUAUCGAGCAUUUCAAAUAUUUGAAAAAUUACGAGAUUCAGCAAUUGAAGGAAUAUGCAAAUCAUUAUUUAUUCGUUUGGAUUCGGAUCCAAAAUGUGUUGAAGCUUUACUUACACAACUUUCUGCAAGACUUGCUUCAGGACAUAUAAAUGAUAAUUCGCAUUGGAUGUUUAAUAUUGUACUGCUUGAUGCAGCACCACUUAAACGUCGUACAUCAAUGCGACAAGAUAUUGAUAGAGAAAAAUAUGGAAAUUUAUUACAAGCAUCAUUAGUUUCUCAUAAUACUAUUCUUACAUUGGGUCAUAUGUCAAUUGCUUUAAAAGAUGUUCAACAUACUCAACAAUCAAUUUUAGCUCGUUUUCAACAACGUCUUGGUGAUCCACCAUCACCACUUGAUAUUCUAAUUAUUAAUCAAAUUGGUUGUAUGCUUAUUUCUAGUCUUUCACAAGCAAGUUAUGAAGAAAUUAUUAGAUUAUUUACUGAGAUAAUUAUUAAUUCUACUUUUCCAACAAAUGAUAAUACAAAUGAAUUAACAACAUCAGGUCGACAUCCAAUAAAAUAUAAACAAACAUCAAAUGCUGUAAUUAAUGCAUUAGCUAAUGUUGCUGCUAAUAUUCAAGGAACAAUAGAAUUAAUGAAUCUUUUAACUAGUAUUUUAGAAUUAUUUGUUCAACUUGGUUUACGUGCAAAAGAUGCAAGUGAAAAAUCAACUAAAAAUGCUUUAAAAGUUUCAAAUACAGCUGGUAGUCUUGGUGUAUUGAUACCAGUUAUUGCUGUUGUUAUGCAACGAAUUACUGUGAUAAAUGAUCCGUCCGAACGUGUUUUUCGUUUAUUUCAACGUUUUUGGUUUUAUUGUGUUUUAUAUGGUUUUGCUGAUUCAGAAGGAGGUUUAUGGCCAAUAGAAUGGCAUGAUUGUGUUCGAUUAAUUGCAACAAAAUCACCAACAUUAGUUGCUCAAAGUGUAUCCUAUGUACCAUUGAAAUCUGCAAUGCCAUUGAAACCAGAACAAAUUACGAAAGAAGAUAAUAAUGCUUUAAAAUCUAAAUUAAAUACUAUAUUUUCUACGUACCUCAAUGCUAAAGCAUUUAUUGAUCGAUUUGGUUUUGAACAAAGUGCUUAUACACUUUCCGUGUAUUAUCUUGAAACAUAUCGAGUUCGUCAUUCACUUAUACCAUCGGCAUUUCAAUGUAUAUUUUCUUAUCUCGAAGAUCCAGGCUUAAUCAGAGAUAAAUAUGGUUUAUGGACAUUAAUGGUAGCAGUAGGAAGAAAAUGUUUUGAUAUAUAUGUUGAUGAAAUGAAAAAAUUACCAAAAUGUCCUGAACGAGAUAAAAAUCUUGAAGUUCAAUGUCAAUUUCUUAUGGUUAAACGAACAUAUGUUCGAACAGAAGUACGAGAAGAAGCUGAAUAUUAUCUUCAUUCAUUAUUAUCACAAAAUGCUUUUCCAAAUUUAUUUUGUAAUCCAGUUAUAAUUGAAACUUUAAUGAAUAUUAUUAAUAUUCUAUCAUAUUCAUUAAAUGAAGAUAAUUUACAUAAAGUUAUUGCACAUUAUCGUGUACCAAAUACAAAUUAUACUGUUCAAUUUGUUGAUACUCAUGGAAGACGAUUGGAACUUUUCAAUGCAUUUGUCGAUUUUGGUCGUAUGUUCACUGAACAAGCUUUAAUGAUAUCACAGACAUUAGUUAAAUCAUGUAUUCAACAAUAUAUGUUUAAACUUGAACAAGGAAGAGGAAAUUCAAAUGCUGUUCGUCAACACAAAGGUUUACAUGUUAUGUGGGAAUAUUUGAGUACACAUUCAAAAACAAUUGGUGCUAAUGCAAUAUCUAGUGGAAAUAAAUUGUACUAUCGAACAGAUUUUGCUGAUUAUAUGAUCUCAUUAAGUGAACGAAAUGCAGCCGUUGGAUUUGUUGAAGGACUUGAUCGUAAUGAUUAUCGAACAGCAUUGAAACAAGUAAAAGAUGAAAUGGAAAAUGCCAUUCGUAAUCGUAUGAGUUCACUUGAUAAAUUUAAAUCAUUACAACAACGACGUCGUCGAAUGUCAAUUGUUGCACCUAUUAAUGAUAAAGGUGUUGCAUUGGAUUUUGAAGAACGAAUUGCUAUUUUCGAUAGUGAUUUUCGUAAUGGACUUUUUAAAUUAACAGCAAUGUUAAUUCAUAAUCUAGACUAUUUGGAUGAUAAUGAAAAUGAAAUGAGUUUUAUACCAAUGGGUAAUAGACCUUAUGGAACUGAUAUACCAAAAGCAAAUGGUCUCGAUCGAGAUAUGGUCCAUGCAUUAACAUGGUUACCAGUAAAAAUGUUUACAACACCUGUUAUGGAAGCUGCUGUAGAUUGUUGGGCUUGGGCAAUAGUUGGUCGACCUGAACUUGAAUUAUUAAUUGUUGAAGAGAUAUAUAAAGUUUGGGAGAAAGUUAUUAGUGAUCGUCAAGGUUUAUAUUCAAUUGAUAAACCAGAACCAUCUCCACUUGCACCAUCAGAAAAAGAAGAACUAAAACCCAAACCACCAUCUGUUAAUCCACAUCGAAUAUUUUUUAAAUUUAUUGAAGAACGUGUUUAUUUAUGUAUGCAUAAAGCAGAUAUUGAAAUGGAAAUGCUUGUUGAUUUAUUUCAUAAAUCUCUUUCAUUAAUAUUAGAAAAUCCUAGAGCACCAAUGACAAAACAUAUUGGUGCUGUUGGUCUUAGAUUUCGAAUAUUAUAUCUUGCACUUUAUCUUGUACAAAGUGAUUAUUUAUCUAAUGGUAUAAGUAAAUAUUUACUUCGAGAAAAAGUUUAUCAUACAGCAUUUGAUUAUUUUACUGUUCGUCAUCAUUGUCCAACUCAAUCACAACAUGAAUUAAAAAAUGAUAUUCUUAAAUUAAUUCGAUUUUUUUCAUUAGUUCAUGGUGAAAAAAAAUUUUGUAAUGAUUCAACAGUAACACUUGAUGUAGAUACUGCAUUAGCAAAUGGAAACCAUAUUAAUGAUGCAAGUGAUACUUCAUCGAAAAUUGAAGCACCAACAGGAUGGAUUAAUUCAUUAGCUGGUGGUGGUGGAAUUGUUGCAGGAGUUGGUGGACAAUCUACAAUUAGUCGAAAAUCUGCUAUCUAUCGUGAAUCAUCUUCACGAGCUGGAUCAGCAAAAAAUACUGAUAAAACUCAUGGUACACGAAUAUUAUCUCGAGAUUUACUUAAAAAACGUAAUCUUCUUCUUGUAUUACUUGCUUAUGAAAUUGAACAUUUGGAAGUUUUUCAUAAUCCUUUGGGACUUGCUGAUCUUCAAAUUGAUCAAAAUACACAAUCAACAUAUAGAAAUUGGAAAUUAUAUGAUAUGAAAGGAUUUGCAAAUAAAGCAUGGCGAGAAUAUGGACGUCUAGCUUGGUCUAUUUCACCUGAUUUAGCUAUUAGUCUUUAUUAUGCUAUUCCAAAAGAUUCAUUACGUAAUGAAAUUCAACAACUUGUUAAAUCUAAUCCAUUACAAGUUCGACAUAUUCCAGAAGCUUUAAAUAUUUUUACAGUCACAUCAGAUAAUGAUCGUCAAUGUGAAACAUCUCUUAUUCUUACUUGGGCACCAAUUGAUCCUGUUGCUGCACUUUCUUAUUUUGCUAGUGCAAGACUUAAUCAAGUAGCUAAUUCAUAUACUAUUCAAUAUGCUUCUCGUAUACUUUGUAUAACCAAAGCAGAAGCACUUAUUUUAUAUAUUCCUCAAUUGGUACAAGCUGUUCGUUAUGAUGAUAUGGGUUUUGUACGUCGUUUAAUUUUAACAUUAUCAGGAAAAUCAAAGUUAUUAGCACAUCAACUUAUUUGGAAUAUACGAACAAAUAUAUAUAAAAAUGAAACUACAAUUGAUUAUGAAAUGCAAAAGAAAAUCGAACCAAUAGCUCAAGAAAUUGAAAAUAAUUUUACAUCUGAUGCAAGGAAAUUUUACGAACGUGUUUUUACAUAUUCUGAUAAACUAACUAAAGUAUCGGAUACAAUUAAAUCAUAUCCAAAAGGAAAUGAUCGUAAACAAGCAUGUCUAAAAGCUUUACGUGAAAUUGGUAAAGAAGCACCACAUGGUGUUUAUCUUCCAUCAAAUCCAGAAGCAAUUAUAAUUUCAUUAGAACCAGAAAGUGGAGCACCAAUGCAAAGUGCGGCUAAAGCACCAUAUCGAGCAACAUUUCGUGUUCAAACUGUUGGUAUUGAACAAGUUGAACGUUGUGCUGAUCCUGAUUAUGAAUUUAUGCAUGAUUUUAGUAAUGAAUAUUCACAAAUGGCUAUUUUUAAAGUUGGUGAUGAUGUUCGACAAGAUAUUUUGGCUUUACAAUUAAUGCGUUUAUUUCAUAAUAUAUUUGAACAAGAAGGAUUAGAAUUAUAUUUAUAUACAUAUCGAGUUAUUGCAACAAGUCCUGGUUGUGGUGUUAUUGAAUGUGUUCCAGAUGCUCGUUCACGUGAAGAUAUUGGUAGAAAUACAGAAGCUGGUCUAUAUGAUUAUUUUCGACAUGUUUAUGGUAAAGAUGAUUCAAUUAAAUUUCAAAAAGCACGUCGAAAUUUUGUAAUAAGUAUGGCUGCUUAUUCAGUAGCACUUUUUAUGUUACAAAUAAAAGAUCGUCAUAAUGGAAAUAUUAUGCUUGAUGAAGACGGACAUAUUAUUCAUAUUGAUUUUGGUUUUAUGUUUGAAUCAUCACCUGGUGGAAAUAUGAGAUUUGAACCAGAUAUUAAAUUAACUGCUGAAAUGAUUCUUAUUAUGGGUGAUUUAACAGCUCCAGCAUUUUUAUGGUUUAAAGAAUUAUGUAUUAAAGGUUAUUUAGCAUUGAGACCUUAUCGUCAUCAUUUUAUAACACUUGUUGCAUUAAUGUUGGAUACUGAAUUACCAUGUUUUCGUGGUCAUACAUUAGAACAAUUAAAUGCUCGUCUUAAACCUGAUUCAACUGAAACUGAAGCAGCUCAUUAUAUGCAUGAAGUAAUUAAUCGUUGUGCACACAGUUUAAGAACACGUAUUUAUGAUUACAUUCAAUUUCAACAAAAUAAAAUACCUUAUUGA